GUUUAACUAAAUAAAUGAAUGAUUGACAAGCCUCCAAAUAGGCAAUAUAAGACCUUCAAAUACAAGUGGUUAUUGAAAACUUUGAUUAAGCUACCAAAUGAAUGAAUUUGACUAAUCACAUCAUGUAAAACUCAAACAAAGUAACUGUCGAUGAUAAUCUUUAGUUUUUUAUAUAUAUUAUUUUAAAUAUUACACAUAUCUCUUUCCAAUGUGUGGCCCCAUUGCUGUUGAACUCCGUAUAAAGUAGCCCAUCUAUUUUCAAUUCUCAUAACAUACACGAAUUUGUGCUCUAUUGAUUUAGUAUAGAGUAAAGUCUAUCCCAUUAAGAUAGUACGAUCGUUUUACUUUGUUCCAGACUCAACACCGUCCAAACUUCUUUAUAAAGUUGUACAUCUGUUGUUUCCGAGUCUCAUUACCCCAAAAAGGUAUCAUACCUAACGUCUACUUUUAAACUUCCUCACCCACCUUUUUGUUCCAUCCACUGGUCGCCACCUCACCCACUUAUAUAAUAUAAUAAAUGGCAAAAUGAAUUUGACGUUUUUAAAUUGAAAGUGAGAUUCAUUGUCCAGUGAUAGAAUAUAUGUAUCAAUAAGUUUGGUGUAGAUAUUCUUAAUAAUACACCCCCAUAUAUACUUUUCAUAUUUUCCAUGAAAUUGUGUACUUCAACUGAAUAAAACCUCCAAAGACAUAUUUCUUAACAACUGAUUGAGUUCCUCUAAUAAAAUGAGUUUAUAAGCCAUACAAAGAAUUAAAUUUAAUACUUUAUAAACAAAGUAAAUUCCACAUAACGCAACUGUAAUGUAAAUAGAGCGAUAAGAAUGUUUGCAGCGAAAGAAAUAUUGGAUAAAAAACAGUCAUCGUUUGUAUUUAGACUUCAGAAAAUUAGUUUUUUAUUACUCGCUGGUUCGAAGAACGCGAUAAUGUCGUGAAGUUUUUCGAAAACAAAAUAUAGUACAGGAAUUGAAAUCUAGUGAAGUGUUAGGAAGGCACUAAAGUAUGUUAGUACAAAAUUGAAAAAACAAAAUAGAAUUAUUGAUGUGGUGUUUGUAUUUGUUACAUAAAUGCAAAAUAUAAAAUAUGCUCUUAAAUAAAGCAUAAAUCUUAAUAAAUCUAAUCGACACAAAGCAAAAGCAAGUGACGUACUGAUAACGGCAAGCGCCAAGAUAAACUAAAUUAACGUAUCAAUAUCGUGUUAAAUACUCGGUAAUAGGCGAGGCAAUAACAACACAACUUCAAGUACACUUGUGGUGAAUUACCAAAGAGCGGCAAGAGUUGCCGCUAAUGUUAAUUACAUAUAACCCAUUUGAUUCUUUCUCUAGGCUAAAUACUAAAAUACACAUUGUAUGUAUAGUGAAUUUUUAUAAAUUAAAUUAAAAGCAUUCAGUCUGAUAAGUUAAGCAAACACACAAUACACACGCUUACUCUCACGCACUCGUGCACACACACUCAAACAAACAAAUGCAACCACAUGACAAACCAUGUCCGUCCGUCCAAUAAACGUAUAUUUCAAUAACUAACCAACUGGUUAAAUAGCGAUUUAUUCUUGACUAUCGGUUAAUAGUUUGCGCCACAGUAGCAGCGCAAAAAUUAUUAAUAUACUUUAUUAUAACAACAACAACUAUAAACUAUAAAGUGUGAUAAUCUAGCCGAGUGAUAAGAAAACCAACCAACCAUCCACACGAAUCUUUAAAUGCAACAUGUCUUGUUUUCCACGUUUAUUUCACCGCAGUAAAAGCAGCUUUAAUCCCGCCAUCGACGACAAUGACGAUACAGUACUCAACAACAGUGACAGCCCAGUGCAAAUUGGACUCUAUAUAAGACGUGAAGAAACACCAGUUUUUACUCCUAAAUCAAGCGAGCGCUCGAGACUUCAACAACAAAAUAAAUCUGACAUACAUAGUAACACCUUAAGUAACAAUAACAGCAUUACAAGUAAUAACAACAUCAUUAGCAGUAACUAUAAAAGCAACAACAACAGCAACACCAAUAGCAAUAGCAAUAGUAGUUAUAAUGAUUCCAACAGCAAAAAAUUCAUUUCUAACAAAACUAAGCACAACAAUAACAAUCAAGGCAGCAGCAGUAAUCAUGUCAGCAAUGUGAAUCUAUAUGCAACCCCUCAUAGUUAUAGCAACAAUAAAAGCGGAAGCAACAAUCAUGCCCACAUAAAGCUGAAGCCGGUCAAAGAACGACGACCAACUGCCUUGCCUACCGAAGCACCAGGAUUUGAACAGGAUGACACUGACGGCACGUCCAAAAGCAGCAUAGAAGUGAACUGUAAUGGCAGCAGCACUGCGCCUACAACUCCAACAACUCCAUCUGGAUCUGCCACAUCGAAUGCAAAAUUUUUCAUUGGCGUUCGUCACGAUGAAGAGGAUGCUAUGUCCAGUGAUAUUUCCGCCACCACAGAAACUAUGUCGAAAGCGGCAGCUAAAUUAAGUGCAGAAAGCACACAAACCACACCGAAGUCGACGACAAUGAAACUUAAAUUUCCCAGUAAUCUUAGUAAUUCCAGCAACAAGACACGGAAAGGUGCUCGACGUUCACAUGAACAGCUCGUUGACGAUUUACAUAUACCACCGCCACCGCCUAUGCCGCCGCAACCACUUACUACUGCCUCAUCUUCGGCCUCGCUGGUAUCACACAAAAGCAAUAAAUCAAGGCGGAGUUCUAAUGCACUACAUGAUACAAGUACAGACGCUAGCAGUAAUCAGCUACCAAGCGAUGUGGAGCGGAAAUCCGCUAUGGAAACUGCUGCCACAAAUGUUAAAUCUAAUUUAGGAACGACUUCGUGUACUUUAAUCGAAGUGCUGAAGAACAGCGACUCCGUCUUACCUACGCAAAAUGGUUUCACCGGACGUGACUCGGGAGUGCAAAUCGAGGAUCAAUCAUCUUCGCCGAAAGACAGUGACUCGAGUGAGUCUCUGAAGUCACAUCGCAUAGAAGGUGGGUUAAUUUUUGCGCGACCUAAGUUUCCAAUAAAAAACAAAGAUGUGGAACUAGUGUUUAUUGAAAAGGACGAAGCAACAAGAAAUCUUAUACGAACUGCCAUUGAGAAAAAUGAAUUUCUUAAUAAUUACAUGGACAAGGAGCGAAAAGAAAUGGUCAUUGACGCAAUGGAACCGGAAACUUUUCAGGAAAAUUGUUGCAUUAUUAAAGAAGGUGACGAAGGUGCUGAAAUUUUUGUUUCAGAGUCAGGUUCAUAUCAAGUGACAAAGGACAGUAAAGUCUUGGGUACAUUCAAUGAACCCACCGUUUUUGGUGAACUGGCAAUACUUUAUAAUGCUAAACGGUUAGCUUCUGUUAAAGCAACCUCGAAGGCCUCAGUUUGGAAAAUACAUCGUGAAACAUUCCGCAAGAUAAUGGUCAUAUCUGGCUCAAAAGAACGAGAAGAGAACUUAAAUUUCUUAAAAUCUGCGCCACUUCUUAGAGAUCUCGAGCCUGAUGUGCUCAACAAAGUUGUUGACUUAUUGCAAAGGAAAUUUUACAGUACAAAUGCUUGCAUUGUAUGUGAAGGGGAAGUCGGUAACGAGUUCUUCAUUAUACGCGGCGGAACUGUUACCAUUAAGAAGAAGAACGCGCAGAACGUUGAACGUGUUGUGGAUCGCAGAAAGCGCGGAGAUUAUUUUGGAGAGCAAGCAUUGCUCAAUGCAGACCGCCGCCAAGCUAGCGUCUUUGCUGAUGCCCCCGGCACGGAAGUGCUUGUUUUGGAUCGAGAAGCUUUUAUCAGUUAUUUGGGGACAAUACCGCAAUUGCGUGAGAAACCCAGCAAUAAGGGUGUCGAAACUAGAGAAAGUAAUCGCAAAUCGGAGUUCGAUAAUGAAUAUGCCAACAUUCAACUUACCGAGCUAAAGAAGGUCGCCACUUUAGGUGCUGGCGCAUUUGGACGCGUUGAUUUGGUUUCAUAUGGCAGUAAAACCUUUGCAUUGAAAAUAAUUAAGAAAAUCGAUGUUGUGAAACAGGACCAAAUUGAGCAUGUCUACAAUGAGAAACAUGUCAUGAUGAAAUGUCGUAGUUCACUUUUCAUAAUCGAAUUAUAUAAGACAUUUCGUAACGAGAAAUUUGUUUACUUUCUAAUGGAGGCUUGCAUGGGUGGUGACGUCUGGACAAUUAUGUCGCAACGACGUUUCUUUGAUGAGAAAACUGCACGUUUCGUUGCUGGAUGUGUGGUUGAAGCAUUUGACUUUCUGCAUUCUCACAACAUUAUCUACAGGGACUUAAAACCAGAGAAUUUAAUGUUAACCACAGAUGGUUACUGCAAACUGGUUGAUUUUGGAUUUGCAAAGCAUAUACCUCUAAACCAAAAAACAAAUACUUUUGCUGGUACACCGGAGUACGUAGCACCCGAAAUUAUUCUAGAUCGUGGCCAUGACAGAUCCGUAGACUAUUGGGCCUUAGGCAUACUUAUAUUCGAAUUACUUGUUGGUAAAACACCUUUUCGCGGACAAAAUCAAAUAAAAAUCUACCAACAAAUUUUGGGAGGAAUCGACGUCAUCCAAAUGCCCUCGAAAAUACCGAAAUCUGCACAGGGCCUAAUAAAACAUUUGUGUAAGCAGCUUCCAGCAGAGCGUUUGGGAUACCAACGUAAAGGCAUUUUGGAUAUUAAAAAACACAGUUGGUUCGAUAACUUCGAUUGGAACAAGCUGAAGGCAAAACAACUUGUUUCACCCAUAAAACGACCAAUUAAAAGCAAUACAGAUUUGCAGUACUUUGGGCCACCAGGUGUUGAUAACGAUCAUGAUCCGCCUGACGAAACCAGUGGUUGGGACAAGGACUUCUAAUUCAUGACUGUUGCCAGCACAAAACUUCAUUAAAUUAUUUUAAUAUUUAUAAACUAAUUAAAUAUUGUUUAAUUUUAUAACGAGUGAUUUAAUAACUUUUCGUAAACAUAGAAGAUAAUAUUUUACUGAAUAAGUGAUAAGCACAGAUAACGAUGUGCUUCCAUUAGUUAAAUUUUAUUUAAUUUAAAAACUUUAAUCCCCACUAUGGCAUUUGGCAUUUCCAGUGAUUUUGAGUUGGGUUUUGAUAACUGUGUGAUUGAUUGUUAACCUGCGGAAUGAUUUGCGGAUUAAUAAUUAAGUUUUUAAUACUUAAUAUCGCCUUCUGCAUUUAUUUGAUA